AUGUUGAAGAAGUGCAAGCGCCUUGAGGACGUGCAAAGGGAGAAAGCUUCAGAAAACUGGGAUUACUUGAAAAGCAUAGGCAUUCAAGAGAGAAAACUUCCUGCCGUUGUUGGGAAGUGUCCGAAAAUUCUAACUCUCGACUUGCACGAAAAACUGGUUCCAAUGGUUUCGUGCCUCGCAACAUUAGGGACAAAGCCUAAGGAGGUUGCUUCUUCCAUAACUAAAUUUCCUCACAUUCUCUUCCACAGUGUGGAAGAGAAGCUCUGCCCACUCCUUGCUUUCUUUGAAGCUCUUGGAGCAUCCUAA